AGGGGCGGGCUGUGGCCCCGGUUGCCAGGCGCCGGCGGCUCUGGCGCGGCGGAGCGCGGGGCCGGGAUCCUGGGCGAGAAGGGCCGGCAGUUUAAUCAUAUGAAGAUGGAAGACUAUGAAAAAUUCUGUGAAAAGCAUCUUGCCAGGCUUCAAGGAGAGUUGCUACCAAGAGAAAUCUCUUUGCCUACUCAGCACAAAAAUAUUUCACUUAUCCAGUUCCAUGGCGUUCCUGUGCUUUCACCUUUGCUUAACCUUGAGAGAAGAAAGGAAAUGCAGCAAGAGAAGCAAAAAGCACUGGAUUUAGAGAUCUGGAAGCAGAACUCCAAGAAAAGGGCUUUACUUAAUCGCGUUCAGGAGAUUCUGGAAAAUGUGCAGGUCAGAAAACUCUCCAGUGUGAAUGAUUUGGAUCAAUGGGAAGCUGAAAGUAUUCACCCUAAUUUGGAGUUAAAAGCCUCAGCUGGCUUCUCUACUCUACCAGACAUCAGUUUGCCAAGUUCUACUGCUGACUGUCACGCUACCGAGCUUGAAAAGCCAUUAGAAAGUAUGCUGUCGGACACUAACACCCUGGUUCAAUUAAGCGUGAUAGAAUCUGUUAAAAGCACAGAAGAACUCGUUCUUCCAAAGCAAAGUGAGAGCAGCCCUUCAGAAAACUUAGCUUGCCCAAAGGUUGCAUCCCCUGAUCAAACACAAAAUAUGCUCGCUUUAAAUGCACAUCUGAACAAAGAGGAUAUGGGGGUGCUAACAGUUAAUGAGGAAGUUGCAGAUCCCUAUGUAAUGAGUCUUCAAAAUCUUCUGAAAAAGUCGAGGGAAUACGUAGAGAGAGAACAAACGAGACGUAGCACAAGAACUAAUUUGAAGAAAAGUAUUAAUGAAAGUCAUUCAGAUAAAGAAAAUGAUGCAGUUAAAAGCAGUGAUUUAGUGAAAGAGAAGACAAAAUUUACAGGCAGAAGUUGUACAGGUAUGACACUUGAUAAACCAAGUCUUAAUAAAUCGAAUAUGGUUCUCCAAGGUGCCUCUCCCCAUUCAAAUAGCAUGAGUACUUCAGCCUCAUCCAGUUUUUCCAAAGUGGACAUACCUGUGAGAGCAGGAACACCCCCAGUUUUGGAUUCAGAUUCAGAUGAAGAAUUUAAACAUGUUUCCACCUUUGACCAUGACAGUAGCAUUGUCAGAAGCCUUACAGGUUCCUAUGCCAAAUUACCCAGUCCAGAACCAAGUAUGAGUCCUAAAAUGCACCGAAGACGUCCGAGGCCCUUAUCCAUGGGUCACAUAGUUAUAAAUAACCCUGUAAAUGCCUAUGAAUUAAGUCCUAAAAACAAGGGGAGAGCAACGGACUUGAUCAUACAAGAUGCUGCUGACAAGGCCAACGUGUCUGAACCUGUGCCAAAGUUCACCACAGACUUUGCUAUGCUUUGUUCUAGCAAAGUUCACAAAACGCCUUUGGACACCUGUGAUGGACUGGCGUUUGGCAAAUCAAAUCCAGUGCAUCAACAGUCUGUUAAUCAAUUAGAAAGCAAAGGAGUUCCAGUGUCUGCUACAGUGGAGGGUCAGCUAGUGCUGGAGGGCAGAGGGCUGUACAAGGUGGACAGUGCUACUUGUACUACAACUCCAAAAUUGCACGAGCCUUAUGCAGCUAGUCAGUCCCUAGUAACCCAAAAACUAGUAAGUAUGAACGGACUCAAACCAACUAACUUGCUAGAAAAAAACAAAAGUACUUCACCCAUGGAACUCAAUAAAUCUUAUGAUGUAGAAAACCCAUCUCCAUUACUGAUGCAAAGCCAGCUGAAGCAACAGCAGAUGGAUACUCCAAGUCUUUGUUUUGGAAAUGAACACUUUCAAGAAAAUGGUAUUGAAAAAGUGAAACGUAGGCUGGAUAUGGAUACUGAUGGCUCACAGAAAGAAAACAAGCCAUAUGUUUCAUCAGUUGGAACCGAAGAACAAGAGAGUUGGUGGCUGCAAGAUCAAAGAUGCUCCCUGGGAUCUAUUUAUGUUAACGAGAAUGUAAGCUCAGACAGUACUGCAAAAGAAGAGAUUUUAAAAAAUAAAAUGUUGGCUUUUGAAGAAAUGAGGAAGAGGCUUGAAGAGCAGCAUGCACAACAGCUAUCAAUUCUGAUAGCUGAACAAGAAAGAGAACAGGAGAAACUGCAGAAGGAGAUAGAAGAGCAGGAAAGGAGGUUGAAAGGAAAGAAGAUUGUUACAACAGAAACCGAAAUACCCAAAAUGAAUGUUUCCAGUGGAGUGGAAUUGGAAUGGAGAAAAAUAAGUGAAAGUGGCGUGCUGGAAAGUUUUGCCAACAGCAUCACACCCAAUAGCUUUGCUUCAACAAGUGACACUCCCUUCUACCUCUGGGGGCCAUCAUCUGGUGGAAUGUCAAAAAUCUCAGCAGCCAGGCCCAUUAGUAGAGUCAAGUCCAGGUGGUCACAGGUUUUCAGUCCAGAAGUGCAAAUGAAGUUCAAUAAGAUCACUGCAUUAGCAAAGGGUUUUCUUACUCGUAGGCUCAUGCAAACUGAAAAACUGAAAUAUUUAAGGCAAACUGUCAAGGACACUAUGGAGUUCAUAAAAAAUUUUCAGUCUGAAGCUCCAUUAAAGAGAGGGACAGUUUCAGCACAAGAUGCAUCCCUACAUGAAAGAGUGAUAGCUCAGCUGCGAGCUGCUCUAUAUGACAUCCAUGACAUAUUCUUCAUAAUGGAAGUAUCAGAGAGAAUGAGUAUAUUGCAUCAUGAUCGUGAAGUUCGUAAAGAGAAGAUGCUCAGGCAAAUGGAUAAAGUAAAGACCUCACGAGAGAGAGUGACACUUUCAACAGCGACUCAAAAGUCCCUGGAUAGGAAGAAGUUCAUGAAGGCUGCGGAAAUGGGAAUGCCAAAUAAAAAAGUAAUUGUAAAACAAAAAACAUCUGAAGCCAGAGUUCUUCAGCCAAACCAAGGACAAAAUGCUCCAAUUCAUAGGCUGCUUUGCAGGCAAGGAACCCCUAAGACCUCAGUGAAGGGGGUUGAGCAAAAUAGAAAGAAGUCCUCAGAGAGCAGAUUGCCUAACAAGGCUAUUUCAGGAGUAUAUGCAGGAAGAACCCAAAGAAGGAAGCCAAAUGUUGCGACAAUUUAAGACGACAACACUCGCUGGGAUAAAAAUGUUAAUGUAAUGGUCGUUUUCGUAAUGCCCAGACCUUGGGUCUUUUGUAUGAUUACGGACUCAGAAUUGAUGACAAACAUGCCCAUUUUACGUAACAUUUUGCAAACACCGGCAUAGUCAGUUUUCAUGGAAUGACACUGAAAUAAUCGGGCUACAAUUAAGUUAAUACUCUUAUGAAAAAUUGCAUGUUGUAACUUUAUGUAUCCAGAUGUCUGUAUACUUAUGUCCCCAUUCAAAAUGUUAUGCUAUAGUGCUACCUUAAAAUCAUUUGUAACUUUUUACCACCUCUAAGUCUUCUAGCUCUGAUUCACUUUUUUUACUCUAGAACACAUUUAAAAUUGCAGUUCAUAUGCAUAAUUGCAGUUCAUAUGCCUGCAAAAUGUAGUGGUUGUAUGUACAUGCAUCUUAGGCCUUUUACUAUAAAAUUGGGCAGUUGCAAAAAUACCCAAGUUUACUAAACUGUAACAAUGCUGUGCUUUUCCAUAACUGCACUGAGCAGGAUUACUGAAUGUAUCAUUAUCUGAAUGUGCUAUCCUCUCAAUUUCAGGCAGGAGGCCUGCAUUGUUACUCUUUAUUGUGUGCAAACUUGUAUCCAAAAUAAUUGUUAGCAUAAUCGCAGCUCUUCCAUGGGCUUUACAGAAAUUGCAUCUAUAUGCGCACACAGUGCAUGAUGAAAUUUUUUCCAAGCAAUGUUUCUAUGCUGUUUGUUGCAUUGUCUAAUUCCAAAAUAAACCAUGGACCAAGACGUAGGAGAAAGAUGUGGCACAGACAGUGAAUCGCAUGUAUUUCUAAUGACAACAUUUUAAUGGUUUGCUUCAAAAUCAAGUGAUUGUCCUCUGCAACCAUUAGGAUAAAAAGUUCAUGCUACAAUUUGUUUUGCUUUUGACUUUCCGAAAUUUACUUUAUUUUCUAAACAAGCAACAGUUGUGUAAAAAAUGUAGUUUUGUUCGAUUUUUUUUUUUUUCCCUUUUCAGUCAAGUAACGCAUAAAGCUUGCAACCUUCACAGUUCUAGUCCCCAGACUUACAAGGGUCGACCUCCAUACUCCUGUUUGCCUUGUGCUGUUCAUUGUGGCAGAAAUAGAUACAAACAUACUAUUUUAAAAGGGGAACCGACCAGUAACUUUAAUUCUUGAAUCUUUCCAGGAAAUGUUGCCUUUCUGUAGGUCUAGUCUUAAAAACAUGCAUUUUUCAGUCUUAUAUGGCACAUCUUUUGUGCCACCAGAGCCUUAAAUGUGUAAAAAGGACUGCCUAAGCAUGAGACAAACAGAUGGUUCAAAUUCUGCUGUUUAAACAGAACUCCUGUGGUGUGACACCCCUUUCUUAAAGAGACUUCCUAAAAUUUGUCAUUGGUAUAACAAUAAAAUGGAUCCAAAAAGCACUCUCCAUUAAAUAAUCCAACAUGAAAAAAUAAAAAUUUGGAUUAAUUAUGUGGAGAAAGUAUCUUAACAUUAAGAUGUGUAAAUGAAUGAACAGCACUUUGUUUGGAGGUGCCUUUAAAUCUACUUUUAAUUUAUAUUCACACACUUAGAAUUUUUGUGACUUGUUGCCGCCUUACAAGCAAAGAUUCUGUGUCCUACAGUAUUGUAAACAGAGCCAGUCAUUAACUUGAAAGAGGCAAUACCAAUACAAAGAAACAAUUUGGAGGCUAACAAAGUGCUCAGUGGCUGUCUACGGUGGCCUGAACUUAAAGACUCUGGGUCAGAUCCUCAUAAGAAACAUUGUGAUUUCAACCACCUGAAGGCUUGUCGCUAUGCUUGUAGGCUGUUUGUUCUUUAAUUAUCACUCCGCAAAGGACUGCUUAUAACAACUAGAUUCUUAAGUUCUUAACAGAUUUCUAAACUGUAUUUUGUUCUCAAUUUUUGGCGUUACUCAAAUGUUCAUUUAUUUAUAGAGGGGGAAGAAAUAUUUCAAAUUUAGGUCAACAAGUAGAAACACUUGCAGGUUAUAAAACUUUAGACCACAGCUGAGUGUGCUAUUAUAUGUCAGUGCUAAAGAUUGAUAAUUUUUUUUAAGAUUUCUAUGUGCUGUGUUAUUAGUUAACAAUGUAGGUGAUAUGUUGACAUAAACAUGGAUUCAUUUUUAAUAUUUAAAACAUGAAGGUUUAAUUUGUGUUCAGGUUUGUUAACUAAGCCUUUUUUUACUUUAAGAAUAUUUCAAAGUUUGUGUAAAAGAAACAAAAACUCAUAGCACAAUUUUUUAACUUUCAUAAUGCCUUUCUCUUGACAAGUGCCAGUUUGUUUUUGUAAUUUGAUAUUUUCUGUAUUUAUGCAUAUUUAAUUUUCAGUUCACUUUUUAUUUUGUGUGGAAUGUAAUGUCGUUGUAAAGCGUAUUUAUUUUUUUACUUUAUUUUCAUCAGCCUGUUCUUUCUUUAAACAUACUGCAAAAUAAACUUUUUAAUCUUU